AUCGGAGCCAUGGGAGGGAGGGGGAGGGAGCAAGGCGGGGAGAGGGACGACGUCAACGGCGGGGGAGAGGACGGAGCUGACGACGGACAUGAGAGGAGGCCCGCGGCGGCGCGCGUGCCGCUCUACCGGAUGUUCGCCUUCGCGGACAGGACGGACUCGGCGCUCAUGGCGGUGGGCGCGGCCACGGCGGUGGCCAACGGGAUGGCGCAGCCGCUCAUGACCUUCAUCUUCGGCGACGUCAUCGACGCCUUCGGCUCCGCCGCCUCGUCGCGGGACGUCCUGCACAGGGUCACCAAGGUGAUCAUUAACUUUGUUUAUCUUGGUAUUGGAGCAGGACUUGCUUCAACACUUCAGGUAUCAUGCUGGACAAUUACUGGAGAAAGACAGGCAGCACGAAUCAGAGCUAUGUAUCUCAAGGCGAUUCUCAGACAGGACAUUGCUUUUUUUGACAAGGAAAUGAGCACUGGACAAGUUGUUGAGAGGAUGUCUGGGGACACAUUCCUCAUUCAAGAUGCCAUUGGAGAAAAGGUUGGCAAGAUCAUACAGCUCCUUUCUACCUUUUUUGGAGGCUUCGUUGUUGCAUUUGUGAGAGGAUGGCUCUUGACACUUGUUAUGCUCUCAAGCAUCCCUCCAGUAGCCGUGGCUGGUGCUAUUGUGUUAAGGAUGAUGACAACGUUGUCCACUAAAAUGCAAGCAAAAUAUGGUGAUGCUGGAGACAUUGUUGAGCAAACUAUUGGGACCAUUCGAACGGUUGUCUCAUUCAAUGGUGAGAAGCAAGCUAUAACAACAUAUAACAAGUUCAUAAGAAAAGCAUAUGAGUCUGCUCGUCGAGAAGGUGCUGUCAGUGGCCUUGGAGUGGGUUCAAUAAUGGCAAUCUUGUUUUGCAGCUAUGGGUUGGCAGUUUGGUAUGGAUCUAAAUUGAUAGUCGACCGAGGAUAUAAUGGUGGCAUAGUUAUUACUAUUAUAAUGUCCGUCAUGGUUGGCGCAAUGUCCUUAGGUCAGGCAGCACCAUCAAUAACAGCUUUUGCACAAGGUCAAGGAGCAGCAUAUAGAAUGUUCAAGACAAUUGAAAGACAACCAUGUAUUGAUGUAUAUAACACCACAGGUAUCAUAUUGGAAGACAUCAAGGGUGAUGUUGAACUGAAGGAUGUCUACUUCAGCUAUCCUACCAGGCCUGAACAUUUGGUAUUUGAUGGAUUCUCCUUACGGGUACCAAGUGGAACUACAAUGGCACUAGUUGGAGUGAGCGGUAGUGGAAAGUCAACUGUGGUCAGUUUGGUGGAGAGAUUCUAUGAUCCACAGUCUGGGGAAGUCUUGAUAGAUGGAGUUGACAUUAGAAGAAUGACUCUUGGGUGGAUAAGAGGAAAAAUCGGUCUCGUCAGCCAAGAACCAGUGUUGUUCUCGAGUACGAUCAGGGAAAAUAUUUCCUAUGGGAAGGAUGGUCUUAAUCUCGAAGAGAUCAGAAGAGCAAUCGAGCUUGCAAAUGCAGCAAACUUCAUUGAUAAACUGCCAAAUGGUCUUGAGACAAUGGUUGGGGAACGUGGGAUUCAGCUGUCUGGAGGGCAGAAGCAAAGAAUAGCAAUUGCUAGAGCGAUUAUAAAAAACCCUAGGAUAUUGCUACUUGAUGAAGCAACCAGCGCGCUGGAUAUGGAAUCUGAGAGGAUAGUUCAAGAAGCUUUGGAUAGGGUAAUGUUAGAAAGGACUACAAUUAUUGUUGCGCAUCGCCUAAGCACAGUAAAGAACGCUGAUGUCAUAUCCGUCCUACAACACGGGAAGAUUGUGGAACAAGGUUCACAUGUACAACUGGUGAACAAACCUGAAGGUGCAUACUCUCAGCUGAUUCAUCUGCAAGAGACUCUGCAGGUAGCAGAAGCCCCUAACGUCGAUCCUGAUGCAAUAAUGGAAAACAGUUUUGGCUCUAGGUCGUUCACAAGGAAACCAAGAAGCCAAGGCAGCUCCUUUAGGAGAUCAAACAGUAAAGGCUCCUCUUUUGGGCACAGUGGUACACAUCCUUACCCUGCUCCAUGUGAUCCCAUGGAAUUCAACAAUGAUCAAGACCUAGAGGAGAGUACAGAUAAAAUAUCUAGUGACAGGAAGAAAGCUCCAAUCGGCCGACUCUUUUAUCUGAACAAACCAGAGGCUCUUGUUCUUGCUCUUGGUUCGAUUGCUGCUGCAAUGCAUGGGGCCAUUUUGCCUGUAUAUGGCAUAUUGAUUUCAAGUGCAAUAAAGACGUUUUAUGAGCCGCCAGCGGAACUACUCAAGGACUCGAGGUUCUGGGCAAGCAUGUUUGCCAUGCUGGGUGCUUGUGCACUUGUUCUGAUUCCAAUAGAGUACUUCUUGUUUGGAUUAGCAGGUGGGAAGCUUGUGGAGCGCAUACGGUCGCUGACAUUCCGAAGUGUCAUGCACCAGGACAUCAACUGGUUUGAUAAACCUGAACACUCUAGUGGAGCAAUAGGUGCAAGGCUAUCGACUGAUGCUCUGAACGUGAAGCGGCUUGUUGGAGAAAAUUUAGCACUUAAUGUCCAGACUAUAUCGACCAUCAUAGUAGGUUUCACAAUAGCUAUGGUGGCAAACUGGAAGCUGGCAUUGAUUAUCACAGUGGUGGUUCCAUUGGUGGGUUUCCAAGCCUAUGCUCAAAUGAAGUUCCUGAAAGGUCUCAAUAAAAACGCAAAGUUAAAGUACGAGGAAGCAAGUCAAGUAGCAACCGACGCCGUUGGAGGAAUCAGAACUGUGGCGUCAUUUUGCGCAGAGCAGAAGGUGAUGGAUGCCUAUGAAAAGAAAUGUGAAUCUCCAACAAGGCAGGGAGUGAGGGAAGGUGUUGUUGGUGGCUUGGGAUUUGGGUUUUCAUUCCUUGUGUUCUACCUUACUUAUGCUCUCUGCUUCUACGUCGGUGCAAAGUUUGUUCGUGAAGGAACAGCAACAUUUCCUGAAGUGUUUCGGGUCUUCUUCGUAUUAGUUUUGGCGGCUACUGGGAUCUCACGAACAAGCGCAGUAGGUGCAGAUAGCACCAAGGCUAGUGAAUCGGCCAUCUCUGUGUUCGAAAUUCUUGACCGUAAGUCCAAGAUAGAUUCCAGCAGCGAGGAAGGCAUGGUGGUUGCAAAUCUCAGGGGUGACAUUGAGUUCCAGAAUGUGUGCUUCAGUUACCCCUUACGCCCAAAUGUUCAAAUAUUCACUGAUCUGUCCUUGAGCAUUCCUUCUGGAAAGACGGCUGCCCUUGUUGGAGAGAGUGGAAGUGGCAAGUCCACUGCCAUUGCGCUGCUCGAGAGGUUCUACGACCCGAGUUCAGGCAGGAUCCUUUUGGACGGCGUGGAGCUUCCGACCCUCAAAGUCAGCUGGCUUCGGCUGCAGAUCGGUCUCGUGGCGCAGGAGCCGGUGCUGUUCAACGACACCAUCCGCGCCAACAUAGCCUACGGGAAGCAAGGGGAGGCUUCCGAGGAAGAGAUCGUCGCCGCCGCCGAAGCGGCCAAUGCACACCAGUUCAUCUCUGGGCUGCCUGACGGGUACAACACCGUCGUUGGCGAGAGGGGGAUCCAGCUGUCCGGCGGGCAGAAGCAGCGGGUGGCCAUCGCGAGGGCCGUUGUCAAGGACCCCAAGGUGCUCCUGCUGGACGAGGCGACGAGCGCUCUGGACGCGGAGUCAGAGCGCGUGGUGCAGGAGGCGCUGGACCGGGUGAUGGUUGGGAGGACGACCGUGGUGGUGGCGCAUCGCCUGUCGACUGUGAGAGGCGCCGACAUUAUCAGCGUGGUGAAAAACGGGAUGAUAGUGGAGAAAGGAAGGCAUGAGGAACUGAUGCGGAUCAAGGAUGGAACCUACGCUUCCCUUGUCGAGCUUAGCUCCACUUCAAGAUAAGACAUCCAUCUUUCUCCACCAGAAAAUUCCAUGGAAUGAAAUGCCAGCAGUGUAUUUGAGUUUAUAGGCCAGUUAAUGUGGGUGUAGGAUCUUUCCUUUCAUUUUAGUAGAUGGGUAUCUGCAGACAAACAGAGGCAAUCAGACAAACUGUAUGAAAAUAAUUAUUGAUUGCGAUUCAAGCGAGGACGCGGAUGAAGCUUUUCCAAAACGCA